CUGCAAGAAAAAGGUGUGGAUAAUGCUCGGAGUGCUCUUUCUCUAGGCUCAAACACCUCAGACCACGUGACCAGCAGGCACAAAAAUGAGCCUUGAAGCCGCACACGCUUCCAUAAACAGUCACUCCCCACCGGCUGCCUGUGCGUCUCUACUGUAUCUGACAGUGACAGCAUCUGUGGAGUCAACAGGACACAUUCUCCGCUUAUUUAACAUUACAACAACUACUACAAUUCUACAGAAACACUACUGGCUUCUCGGUUUUCUUUUUCUUUUUCAAUUCUAGGAGUUGUUCCUCUAAUUUCAAAAAGAGAAGACAACAAUACACCGGUUUACACCCAGUUUAGCACAUUGUUUUUACGUCAUGGAUCGGAGCGGGUUUAUUCUAACAAAAUCAAGAAAAAAAACUUUUAUCUCUUUAUAGAUGUCUCUUUGUACCGGUCUAAUCCUGUCACUCUACAAACCCCACCUCUGAGCAUCUCCCCCUCCACAAACCAAACAUGAAGUCAGCUCUGCACAGGAUAGCAGGCACCACAAUGAGCACACUAACGACAGGUGUCCAGUAUCUUGGCUCCAAUGAUGCCAGCUAUGACGGCCCUGCCAUGGACUCGACUCUGAUCAAGAACACAUUCCACUUUGAGAAACCUUCAUCGCUGAGUAACUCCUUACAUGGGUUUGUUCCGGGAGGUAAAGAGGUCAUCAGCGGGCUCUCGCCUGUUCUCCCCACCAAUGUGACUGACUUCCUGCUGAGUAAUGGCAGCUCUGUGGAGAGUGGGGGAGCAGCAGAAUGUGGGGAAGACAUGGUGGACAACAUGGAGUGCUUUAUGAUUCUGACUCCCGGUCAGCAGCUCGCUGUUGCCAUCUUGGCCCUCACAUUAGGUACGUUUACGGUCUUAGAGAACCUCAUUGUGCUGUGUGUAAUUCUACACUCACAGACACUUCGUUCUCGGCCUUCCUAUCACUUCAUUGGCAGCCUGGCGGUGGCUGACCUCAUAGGCAGCAUCAUUUUUGUCUACAGUUUCUUAGACUUUCACGUCCUCCACAGGAAGGACAGCCCCAACAUUUUCCUCUUCAAGCUAGCCGGUGUCAUCGCCUCAUUCACCGCCUCUGUUGGCAGUCUGUUUCUCACCGCCAUUGACCGCUACAUCUCCAUCCACAGGCCCAUGGCAUACAAACGCAUCGUCACAAAGACGAAAGCAGUCAUUGCCUUCUGUUUGAUGUGGACCAUCUCUAUAGUCAUCUCACUACUGCCUCUGCUGGGGUGGAACUGCAAGCGUCUCAACUCUGUCUGCUCAGAUAUUUUUCCACUCAUUGACCAGAAGUACCUGAUGUUCUGGAUCGGUAUUACCAGCAUCUUGGUUCUCUUUAUUAUCUACGCCUACAUAUUCAUCCUCUGGAAGUCACACAACCACGCAGUCCGCAUGCUCAGCCGCACCUCCCAGAGGAGCGUAAUCGUCUACACUGCAGAGGGGACCAAAGUGCAGACAGUGAGGCCUGAACAGGCCCGUAUGGAUCUGCGCCUGGCUAAAACUCUAGUCCUGAUCCUGGUGGCCCUCAUCAUCUGUUGGGGCCCGCUUCUGACCAUCAUGUUUUACGACAUUUUUGGAAAGGUGAACGACUUCAUCAAGACCGUGUUUGCCUUUUGCAGCAUGCUGACCCUGCUCAACUCCACCGUGAACCCUGUGAUCUAUGCCAUGAGGAGCAAGGACCUGCGCAGGGCCUUCCUCAACAUCUGCCAUGUGUGCCAGGGAGCAACGCAGACUCUGGACUACAGCGCUGAGAGCGACUGGAACAGCAGGAGUGUGAGAAGCACAGGAGGCAGGGCGGGGAAAGAUGGAGUUAGUUCUUUGAAGGCCCGAGUUAAAGUAGCCCAGGUUACUGUAUCUGGAGUGACUGAGACCUCUACUGCAGCGCCAGUCUAAAAGACAAGCUCUGGUGCAACUGUGAAGAAAACAUAUUGUAGAAUAGCCCUGACCGUCCUAGUUCUCUGCUCUGUUACUGUGAAAUGUGCCAAAUAAUGACUUAGAAUAAAAUUAAAAAUGUUAUUUGUUGCUGCAAAGCUGAAAUCUGUAAUACUUCAUGUUAUUCUACCCAGAUGCCUGGUGGGGUGUGUUCUCCUGAAGCUGUGGUCUUUUAGGGAGAAGAUGACAUCCUUUCUAGGCUUUAAGAUUUGGUUUGGUGAAACAAGUUUCAUUGACAAUAGCAUUCAAUAACAGCAAGAACUACAGUUUUGUUCACAAGAACUAAUUGGUUCAUGGGCAUUUUGUCAGCAGAAACCUUUACAAACACCAACAUUUGCUGUGUUCAUUUUUUGCUGUUGAUAACAUUUGCAUUAAGUUACAGAUUUCAGCUUUAAGUUAAAGUGAUGGUGUUCUCUUUCUUAUUUUCUGACAUAUCAUAGCAAUAUUGUGGCAGUAAUGCAAGGUGAAACGAUGUCUAUCAUCAUGCAAAGUGUCAGUCGAAUAAAAGCACAAUGUAAGUAAAAUUUGCAGCACUAAGUGAUUUUAAAUGAAAUCUACUGACGUUUUUUGUAUGACCAUUAUAUUGUGAAAUUUGGCAUUAAAAUGUUAUUCUACUUUAAGUACUGCAUAAUUUAUUCAACACUUUGCAAAACAAGACGGUGUCUUACUCAGAAACAUGAAUAGUGUUUUGAUCAAAUCAAAACUUUAUUCUGUAGUGAUUUGAGGGAUGUCUCAUGGCUGCUUGUUACAUAUGUGCUUGUCAAACAGUUACAGCAUUUUGUGAGAAGCUUCUGUGUUUCUGUGAAGCAUUCAUUGUGCUAAUGUGUCCAAGUCCAUUGACUGUGUACAAGCAAGGACACAAAUUCAAUAAAUAUAUGAAAUUUG